AUGGCCGAAGUUAUUGGGAUUGUUGCGAGCGCAGCAGCACUCAUCCAGCUCGUAUGCUACGGCAAGAAAUCCGCCCGCGCGUUGUACCAAUUCUCUCAUCGUGCCGGCAUCUCGAAACCAGACGUUGAGCGAUGUGCCAAUCAUCUAAGAACCUUUUCGCUUGCCGUUAGCUUGGCUGUCGAAACACUGGACGAGUAUGGCGCAAAUACCAGCACAUCUUCUGUCUUUGACUUCAUAGCAUCAAAGCAAGUGCUCAGGGCCAUAUCUAUCGACUCCGACUCGCUUGUAAUGCGCCUCACUUCAGUUUUAAAACGCUUCCGGGGCCUUGCCAAAAGCAGCCGAACACCGGUGGCUUUCGUCAAGUGGUGGCUUCACAAGGACGAUGUCAUUACUCUUUUCCCCGAAAUGGAAAUGAUCAAAACCAACCUCACAUUGAUCAUAGCUACGAUCCAACUCAGGCUGGUCUACAAAAAGAUUGAGACGGAAUCCUCUGAUUCACUCGCUGUUAAGAAGCUGGAAAAGAAAAAGUGA